AUGUUGGUCGGACCAAAUUUACAUCAAGACAUCCUAGUUAUUCUAGAAAAAUGCAGGAGUCUUACUCAACUCAAGCAACUUCAAGGCCAUCUCAUCACCAUUGGCCAUGGACAAACUCAGCUUUAUGCAUUCAAGCUUGUUCGUUUCUGCACCAUCUCUCUCUCCAACCUCAGUUAUGGUCGCUUAAUCUUCAAUUACAUCACUGUCCCCAAUGUUUACCUUUAUACUGCGAUGAUCACUGCAUACACUUCCCUUCCUAAUCAUAAAUCUUCUCUCUUGUUAUACCGUGAAAUGGUUUGUAGUGGCUUGUCAAAGCCCAACCAAUUUGUAUUCCCAAUUAUUCUGAAGUCUUUCCCUGAAGUUACAAAGCCUUAUGGGGUUGAAAUGGCGCAUACCCAUAUUGAGAAGAUGGGUUUUGGGAAAUACCCUGUUGUGCAGACAGCUCUUUUGGAUGCUUAUUCGAGGUUUUCGUCUGAUAUUAGAGUUGCACGCCAGCUGUUUGAUGAAAUUUCUGAGAAGAAUGUGUUUUCAUGGACUGCGAUGAUAGCGGGAUAUACUAGAGUGGGGCGAAUGGGGGAUGCUAUUUUGCUUUUUGAAGAGGUACCUCAGCAUAUAAGAGAUACUCCUUCUUGGAAUUCAAUAAUUGCAGGAUGUACACAAAAUGGUUUGUUUAGUGAGGCCAUUUCACUGUUACGAAGAAUGAUUGUUGAGGAAGGGAUGAUUCAAGGGAAUAAGCCUAAUGAGGUUACAUUUGCAUGUGUACUUGGUGCUUGCGGGCACACUGGGAUGCUUCAGCUCGGGAAAUGUAUUCAUGGGUACAUCUAUCGAAAUAAUCUUCAUUUGAAUUCUCUUACUGUAAAUGCUCUCAUUGAUAUGUAUGGAAAAUGUGGUAGCUUGAAAGAGGCAAGAAAUCUUUUUGAUAAGGCUAAUAGGGGCAGUUUGACAUGUUGGAAUUCUAUGAUCAAUUGUUUGGCUCUUCAAGGUCAUUGGGAAGGUGCUAUUGGAGUUUUCAAAGAUAUGUUGCGAUAUGGAGAUGAUGUAAAACCUGAUACAGUGACUUUUAUUGGCUUGUUAAGUGCCUGUACUCAUGGAGGAUUGGUGGAAGAGGGGCUUAGUUAUUAUGAUUUGAUGACACGGGUAUAUGGAAUUAACCCUGAAAUUGAGCACUAUGGGUGUUUAAUUGAUCUUCUCGGACGAGCAGGUAGGUUUGAGGAAACUAUGAAAAUCAUGAGCGAGAUGCACAUAACACCAGAUGCAGUUAUAUGGGGUUCCUUGCUUAAUGGGUGCAAAAUCCAUGGGCGUCUAGACUUGGCAGAAUAUGCACUGGAAAAAUUGAUUAGUAUUGAUCCCAACAAUGGUAGUUAUUACUCUAUGCUUGCUAAUUUAUAUGGGGAGUUGGGAAAGUGGGAUGAAGCUCGAAAGGUAAGGAAGAUCCUAAAUCAGCAGAAUGCUUAUAAAGCACCCGGUUGCAGUUGGAUUGAGCUAGAUAGCCAAGUUCAUCAGUUUUAUUCGGUAGACAAAUCUCACCCUAGAAUGGAAGAGAUAUACUCAAUUUUGGAAUGUUUGUUUGAUUUGUAUUCACAUUAGCAUGUACCUUCUUGCUAAUUUUAAUCUUCCUAAGAGACUCACAUUCCUACAUCCCUCUUAUAACCAAGAUCUGAUUUGAUUUGGAACACCAGUUGCUUCUUGAUCAACAGCUUGCGCUGAUAUGCAGCUUUGGCGUAUGCGCUAGACACUAGCUAAUUCUAGU